AAUCGCUUAAUUGUCAGCAUUUUAUUAGUAAAAAAUUCUCCCAAUUGUGGUUAGCACAGCGCCUUCAAAAAUCCCACCCAACUCGCUAUCCCUCCCUCUGGUUUGGAGUUUGGACCAAAAACCAUAAACAAAAACAAAAACUUAUUUGUAGUAGUAGUUUUCAUCAAACUUCAAAAACCAAAAAUGUCUUCCUUCAAAACAUUUCUCUUCUCGAUCUCGUUCUUCUUCUUCACUCUUCGCGUUACUGCGAAUAUCACGAUCUGCCGGACUGCGAGAUGCGACGGCUCAUUAGAGGUUCACUUCCCCUUCCGGCUAAAAAACCACCAGUCCUCUCGCUGCGCCUACGACGGCCGGACCGGCCGGUUCGAUCUCGCCUGCAACAAACGGAACCAAACGGUGAUCAGAUUCGGUUCCGGAUCGGAGUUCUCCGUCGACAGCAUAAAAUACGAAGAACAGUCGAUUUCGAUCAACGAUCCGGACGAUUGCCUCCCGAGACGGUACUUGAACAAGGAAUUCAACAAUUUCACGAGCGAAACUUUCGCGAUCGAAGACAUGGAAAGCUACACGUUCCUCAAUUGCUCGUCGAAAGCGGCGACGCUGUAUUACCAUUUCGUCAGCCCUAUUUCCUGCCUCGGAGGUGGCGAAGACCGUACGGUCGUCGCCAUGCCAACGGCCUUCCUGAUGAACUCCCAAUCGGCUCCGCCGCCGAGUUCGUCGUUGAAUUCUGAUUCGCCGGCGCCGGCGCCGGCAACGGUGGAUGGUUGCUUGGUGAUGGGGAUCGCUCAGGUCGCGGUGUCGCUCCAAUCGGUUUCUUGGUUGACGAACCGGUUUUCGGAUCUCAGUAACAGUGUCCGGCUAACGUGGAGCGACCCGGACUGCCGCGAGUGCCUCGCACGCGACGGAGAGUGCGGGUUUCGGAGCAGUUCGACGUCGGAAAUCGGAUGCUUCCUUUCUUCAAAAGGGUCUAGUACCGGUCUUUCAAGAGGUGCAAAGUAUGGCAUUACCGUAGGCGUUGGCAUACCGGGACUCAUAUGCAUCAUUGGCCUAGCAAGCUACAUUUGCGGCAGGAUACGAGCUUGUGGGCGCCGCCGCCGGCCCUACUCGGACAACGCUAGUGCAGACACACCGGAGCCGGUAGUUGUGCUAUUGGGCUUCGAUAGGCCAACCAUUGAGUCAUUCCCAAAGAUCGAGCUCGGUGAAAGUAAGCGAUUGCCCAAGCCUAGUGACAACACUUGCCCAAUUUGUCUAUCCGAAUAUCAGCCUAAGGAAACACUAAGGACCAUACCGGAAUGCAACCACUAUUUCCAUGCUAAUUGUGUUGAUGAGUGGCUCAAAAUGAACGCCACUUGCCCAGUAUGUCGGAAUUCGCCAGAUGGUACUUCCUCUCGCGUUAGUCCUUCUACGUCAGUUUCUGUGUCGUCGUCUAAUUCCUUAUUGUCGUCGCCAUGAAAACUUCUUCUUCUUCUUCUUCUUCUUCUUCUUCUUCUUCUUUUUAUUCUUUAACCUUGCUUGUACAUAGUGUGCUUGGAGGUGAGAUAUUUUGGAUAAGAUAGUUAUGUCUUCUUCUUUUUAUUCUUUAACCUUGUUUGUACGUGGUGUGCUUGGAGGUGAGAUAUUUUGGAUAAGAUAGUUAUGUACUACACUACGAAUGUGGAUUCUUAGAUGAGUGGAACAAAGUUCUUUUCCCUUCCUUUGUAGGUUGGAUUGUGCAGUUGAGGUUGAAUGCCACAAAUUAAUUUUUCCUUAUGUUAUUGAAAUCCAUGGUUGAUGCCAA